AUGGGCUAUCCACCAUCUCCACCGCAGAGGGGUCCUGCUCCACCAACGCCCACACGCCUACACCUGCACUGCUCAAUGACACAGGCAUCUAUGACAAUGAGGAUGAGGAUGAGGUUUGGCACUGGUGGAGAUGAUCACAGAAGAGGGAAGGUACAGGUGACGAGGACAUCUACGAGAGGUACGUCACUCGCCCUAGUUUCUCCUCUCUCCCGUCCUACCCUCUCAAACCGAUUCCCUGCCCUUCUGCUCUCCCCGCUCUCCUUGCUCUCCCUGCUCGAUGUCAUACCCACUGGCCCGCUCGCCCGCUCUCUUGCAUCGUCCGCUCCCCCUCGCGCAUUGUCUGCGUUUCCCGGAUCCUCGCUUGACACGCCCGCAUCCCCUACUCGACGCCACAGCCAGUCGCUCACGCCGCUCUCCUAUUACGGCCUGGAGCCCCUCCUUCGACAUGCGUCCCCUCGACCCCCUCCACGACUCCGCGCACACUCAGCCCUAUGCAUGCUCACGCCCAGCACUUUUGUGUGCAUCCCCUCUGCUGUUAACAUUCCCACUCUCGACGUUGCACACCCUCGCCGCCUAGCACCCCCGGUGCCCUCGUUCUUAUCAAAUGUCAACCGCCCCCUCGAUUCCAUCCCUUCUACCCGGUGCCCUCCUCCUCAUCUCACCAACCCACUGGUGCUCGUCGCCUCAACCAUUAGCGUACGCACGCUCGGCACCUUGCAAGCUUGUUACCUCGAGCCCUUGAACUCCGCGCCCUCAAUGUGUCCAUUGUUGAGGGCUGAACGGCAAGGCCGCUACAUCGACGCCUUCGCGCGCGCGCUAGCGCAGGACGCGCCAUCAUUGCGGCCGUUCGAACAUGAACAAAGAGGACGAGAUUCGCCAGGUGGCAGAGAAAAAGGCUGGAUAAGGACGAUGGAUGGAGGCGGCGGACAGACGUGGGUGGGUAUGGACGACGAUGACUUAGGUACGUCGUCCCUCGCGCUAUCCCUCCCCCUCUCACGCCAGUCUUUCCCCCUCGCACAAGCAACUCCCGCCCUCAUUCUGCCUUUCAGUCUCCAUUCCACAUCCCAACCCUUGACAAUAAAUCUGCUCAUUUCCAUCCCCUCUCACCCGCUUACCUGCUCUUCCCGCUCACCCUCGACCUUCGAUACCAAGACCCCGGACAUCUAG